CUGUGCGCCUGACAUGAGCGCGGUGUGCGAGAGUUACCACUCCAGGGAAAAGCUGUUCGUGGACAGCUUCACGUGUCCGAAGGCGGGGGGCGAGUCCACGGCGGUGUUCUGCUGCGGCUUCAGUGACUUGAAGUACUGCUGUGAUGACCCGAACAGCUUCUUCCCCUACGAGUAUGGAUACAUGUGGUGGCUGAGCCUCGGAGCUCUUGUGGGUCUCUCCGUUGCGGCUGUGGUCCUGCUUGCUUUCGUCAUCACUCUGUGCGUCCUCUGCUACCUGUUUGUCACCACCAAACCCAGAGGUCUGGACAGCGGACUGCCCCUUCGAGCACCAGACGCCAUCAUCAGUCAACAAGGAGCGGGAGCCGGCCACAGCAGCGCCCCUGCUGGCCCACAAGGCCUCAGGAAACACUUUGUAAGAGGCAAGCUAGACUGUGACAACCAGCAGCCAGACCCCGACCGCCUUUUCCAACGCUGUUUCAUGGCCACUGUCACAUCCAUCAAUGUGGAGAACCCUACAUAGGACGACACUUUUUUCAACAUUUUGGAUUUGAGUUAACGUCUUUUUUCUUCUCUGCCCCUAUAGUAUAAUCUGAGUUGUUGUUGUUUUUAUUUUAUCAACAAACACAGUAUUAUGUAAUUCAACAGAACAAAAUUGCAAGUGCAAAAUCUUUAUUAUGGCCCCCAUCUGUGGGAAAACCUGAACUGCAAGUCCGAUUUUUGACAUGUAACAUUUAGUAUUUGAGCUUUAGUUUUGUAGCUGUUUAAUUAGUUAACAUUCAAGUAACCAUUAUAUCUGUCUUGAUUUUAAAAAAUGGAAGCUUUACUGCCCAUAACAAUGAACAAAAAUAAUUGAAAUUCCGAUGGAGAUUUAUUCUUGUUUAACAGCUCAGAUUAUCAGAACUAAACAGGCAGAUGGGAAACUGGUUCUCUAAUAGGAGAAAAGUGAACACUUGCUUUUCUGGGAUUGCUGUUGUUAAGCCCUUAUUUGGUAUAUGAUUUACUUCAUGUCGUUAAUUACUUGUACUUUUAUUUAGCAAAAACAAUGUGAGCAGUAAAGUCUGUUUAUCACCAUCUAUCCUGUAAUUUUACACAUUCUGCUCAAUUCCCUAAAAGUGUCAGUAUUCUUUGAGAUCUGAAUAGACUUUAUAACCACAGUCCAUUAGCACAUCAUGCCCGUCUUUUCUCUUGAAUCAUUUACACAGGCGCACAUAUUUAGCUCAACAGCACCCAGAUCAACACCAUACUAAUGUCGUGUGUGUAUUUUCAGUUCUAUUUUUAAGGAUUCAGGGAUAAUAGUGUUUGUCUGGUAUCAAACCUUUACAACCUGAAGAUGUCAAAAUUAGUUUUUUGGUCAUAUUAAAAGAGAUUCAAUGUGGGGAAAAUGAGGACUGAAAGCAUAUAAUUUGGUGAUAAAAGUGCCUAAUAUCUUUAAAGCUCUAGAGAAAAAGCAACAUGCAGUUUGUUAGGGCACCUUGGGUUUCAAAAAUACACUCAUAAAGGUUAAGCUCACAAAUAGCUUAGUGGAAUGAAGUGGGUGAAACAAUAUUUGACUGUUGUGAGGAUUAUUAAUAUCAGAUCAAAUAAGUAAUAGGUGGCAUAACCUCCACCUUGGAUACCGGUGAUGAUGUUAUGAGAGUGUUGUCAUGCAGUCAUUCUAUCUUUUUCUACACUAUGUUGGCACAGCUGAUGUAACUGUGUGCCAGAUUAUCACCAACUCUAAUCCAAGUCUAAGUCAAUUUCUACACGUUCCCUAGUAGUGGAACGAUUUAUACGGUUCUGUCUCUUAACAGUAUUGGCGGGACUGAUCCUCUUUUGCAUCUUUGCAGGUUGCAUUCACAGCCUACAAAUCAAACUUUUUUAAGACAGUAUGAACAGCCCAUUUCUGAUCUUUUCACACUCUAAAAAAAUCUGUGUAUGUAUUACAUAUAGAACACAAAUAGAACACAGACACACUAUGAAAAUACGCAUCCAUAUUUUCAUAGCAUCUGCAGCCUGAACUGUUAUGUUUUUAAUCCCACUUUUACGUCAUUAACAUGAAACAUUCUGAAGAAGCCAGAUGCUGUAAAUCCGGACCUUAGCAAUGUUUAAACUUAUGUCUAAAUGUACGUGUAUCAAGUUUUAGCAAGCAUUUCUGCGUCAGUCAGUCAAACUUUUAUUUCAAAACAGAAAGUAACUAAAUUAUUCCGUUUUAUUAGAUAUGUAGUUUAAUGAUAUGUGGUAAAAACCCUCCCUUAUGGGUCUUUGUUAAAUGUUAAGUAUUUAUCACUCUCUCAGCUCAAACUGUAAGUGCCAAGCAGACCAUUUUUCAUUCUGCUAAAAUUAAAGUGGUUGCUGAAAAGUGAAGAGAAAAAAAGAAGCAAAAAUUCCAUUGCCAAUUCUUAGAAGCAUUAGUAAUCCUGCUGAAAAGUUCUGCUGAGAAAACCCACUUACACACUCCAAUCAUGUUACAGAUGGUCAAAAGGGACCAGCUCCAUUUUCUAAGGAUAUUAGAAAAUAUGGUAAGCACAUUAUAGCAAACUGAUUUAAUCUGGGCCCUCAAAAAUGAACACACUAUGGAUAAAUUGAGCAACGCGGAAUUACGGGGAUUUGAUCCUUUUGAACUGACUGCUUUCCCAAACGUUACCAGUUCCCAUCAUUCAUACAAAUGGCGCUCUUCUUUAUAGAUAGACCAAUGGCAGCUGUCUAAGAUUGAACUCACGCUGAGGAAAAUGUAAAUAUUAAAAGGUUAUUAUGGCUGCUAAAUAUUUAUCUGUGUGGCGUCUUGUUGUUUAAGCUUAUCACUUUUGCUUUUGUGCAGAUAGGAGAAUGUUUUUUGCGCCUUUUUAAACCUGAAUAUACAUUCACAUUGUAGUUUUUGGCUGUUGAAUCAAGCAUAGAAAACUACUCACCAAUAGAAGAAUAUGGUAGUAGGAAGUUAAGUGCCUCAAUGCAUUCUCUACAUCUCUUCGCUGAGGAUGCACAUGGUUUUCAGCCAUGUACACUCAUGGCUGAAAACCGAGAUUUGGAUCUUUGUUGUUGGCUUUUUGACCAAAGAAUGUCAGGCGUCUAUUUCAGAUCUCAGGAACUUGCAUCAAUACCUAAAAAUAAGCAGAAAAUGUCUCCUGAACUUUGGCGAUUGUCUGUUUUUAGCAACAUAGAAAAAGAAAUGGCUUUAUGUGACCUUAGUUGUGACAUGUAUUAUACAGCGAAGCUAAAAAUAUGAGCUGUAACACAUGCUAGCAAAGUGAUUUUGUGUCUUGGGCUAAUAAGCAAACAAGCUAGUACUGCUUUGUGAGCCUCCAACCAUCCUGUUAGCAUUUGGCUCAAAGGAAAACUGCGCCUAUGAACAGAAAUAGUACAAAUCACUUCCAAAUUAGUUUUUGUCUUUUAAGCAAACAUUUUAAGUAGUAAUUAUUACAAUUUUAGUAGCAAAUAAGUUCUGCUUUAUUUAGCACUUUAUGGCACCAUUUCGUGUUACCAUUCUGCUUCUUUCUACUUUGAUUUCAUACCCAUUAACAGACAAUUGGUUCUAACCCAUAGUCUCAUCUGAUAUAAGACAUUCAGAACUCUUCACAGAACUACAUUUCCUCCUAGAAUACUAUGAGUAGAAUAUAGAAAGCUACCUAAAUGACUUUUUGCCAAAUAGCAGAUACGAAAUGUUCCAUCAGUGGGUACAAACUGACAUGGUUGGUAAAACUCAUCUCAUGGUUUUGAAUUGAUUGUGGAUUUGAAAAGACGGGUACAGGAAAACCAAAACCUCAAUGUGAUUACGGUGCAGGUGAGGCCGUGCUUCGUUUUAUGCCUGUAAUUUCUAAACAUGAACACUACACCGGUUUUUAUCUGAUGAGAGGUCUGCAUAAGACCUAAUAAAAAUUGAGUACUGGAGCUGUUAGGUACAUGUUAUGCAAAACUGAGAAUCUUCAGUAACUUCAACCUUUCACACAAACAUGGGCCAUGAAACAUGUCACUGUAAUAUGGAUCUUUUUUGCCAAAUGAGUUAAAAUAGUCAAGGUGAAAGAACAUAGGGCCACCAAAAUUCAAACUACAAAUGUAGUCCUUUUAGGGAUUUUUAACUCCUGUUAUGAACAUGGAGUCUUCAUGAAUGUUUAUCUUACCAAUGUAUUUUGGUUUUUUGUUUGUUUUAUUUUAACAACUUUAACAAUCCCCUAAUCAUGCAAUAUUUGAAAGAAUUGAAAUAAGAAUUUUUUUUUGUCAAAAAGGGAUAUGCAAAUUAAUGCACACCCAAAAUACAGUAUAUCAAGGGUCUUAUAUUUGCCUUACUUAUAGACAAGCACCUAAUUUUCAAAAAGUUUGUGGUUGAUUCUUUUCUGUCUUGAUCACCAAGAAAACAAAAUGUUUUGUGUGUUCUCUGCCAGGUUUAAUGCCCCAAGUUUCCGACUCUGUAACAAAUCCUAGAUCCUUGUGGCCCCAUUUAACGGUCAAAUUUAAACUGAAGCAUAAAGUGUGGCAAAUAAAAGACAAAUAUGUUU